ACUGCUAAUGAAAACUCCAGUUGUGCGUUGUGUCACAGCUUGAAAUUGAGUUUACUGAUCGUGGAAUUUGCAGAUAAUCCCUAACUUUGCACUUCUCCUCCACAUACAAUUUUCGGCCGUGACUUCGGGUCUUCAGCACAGUCGGGCCCCCCUUUAGCCCCGGGCCCAGUACAGGUGUAGCCCCUGUACCUCACUACUUUUCUUUAUAUUCUAAGGCUACAGGCACACAGGCUGAUGGCUCUAGCUGUUUUCAGGCUGCAUAUUUUUCAAUCAACCACAAAAAACACAAUGUUAGUUCUUCAAGAUAUAUAUAAUUCUCCAGCCGAUCGUCUCCUCCAGCUGUGUAAAAUCUGCCUACCCCUGCCUUGACUGCGACUUUUAACCCCCACUAUGUCCACCCCUUCAUGUUUUUCCCCACCCACCUGGGGGGAGGGAGGGUUCCUGCUUGAUUCUAUGCUCAGCCCCCCUCCCCAGUCCGUGCUGGCUCCCAGUCCAGAGUACAAUAGGCCUCAUACGCCUCCGUUUAAUCCACUGCAGCUCCUUUUAGACAAUUGCACUUAGAUAUAUGCAAUUCCCCUCAGAUUGGCACCUUUCCGUCACAACGGUAAAGGCCCAGCCCACCUCCUUUUUCCCAGCAUGCAACACUUUGAAAACAAAACCCCACGUGACAGCCGGUGUCAAGAAGCUGUCAUGGCGUCUCCCAGUGGGAAGGGAGCUCGGACCUGGCAGGAUCAAGCUGUCGCAGGGGGAAGUGGCAGCCCAAGACGGGGCACAGACUUAGUGGACUCAGUUGACGAUGCGGAGGGGCUGUACGUGGCGGUGGAGAGGUGCCCUCUAUGCAAUACAACCCGCCGGAGACUGACCUGCGCUAAAUGCGUCCUGAGCGGCGACUUUGUGUUCUUUGACGGCCGGGACACCGAGACGUUUGCUGACAAGAGACAAAGAUUAAAUCACCUCCAUGACACGCAGCUGGACUUCCAGAAACAAGUUGCCAAAGCAAUAGAAGGAAAGCUGUGUGCCGAUAAACUGAAAUGGAAGAUCAUGUCCUGCAAAAUGAGGCUCGAGCAACUGAAGCAAAGCAUCACCAAUGGCAAGGAAGAGAUCUCAAAAAAUUCGACUUUCCUCCUCAAGUUGAAAGAAGACAACCAGAAACUUUACCGUAGGGCUCAGUGGCAUCAGGAGAAAAAAGAAAAAAUCCAGAGGCGAAACCGUAAACUGAGCGAUAUGGUGGAAAAGAGAAAUCAUGAUCUGAAAAACCAGCAUGCGCAGUUGGCUCAGCUUCGCAGGUCACAUAUUCUUGAGUUGACAUCAGUCAUCUUUCCUAUCGGUGAAGUCAAGAACAUAACAAGGGAUCCAGCUGACGUCUCAUUUGAAAGUGAUAAUGCAAUGACCUCAAGCACUGUGAGCAAACUGGCAGAAGCAAGAAGGACCACUUACCUUUCUGGAAGGUGGGUGUGCGAUGAUAAUAAUGGAGAUACCAGCAUUAGUAUCACAGGGCCGUGGAUUACUCUGCCCAACAAUGGAGAUUACUCAGCCUAUUACAACUGGGUAGAAGAAAAGAAGACCACGCAAGGGCCAGAUAUGGAGCACAACAAUCCCGCUUACACCAUUGGUGCUGCAUUAUGCUAUGCAACUCAGCUUGCCAAUACUCUGUCACAUAUAUUAAAUGUCAAUCUUCCUAGAAAGCUUUCUAAUAGUGAAUUUUGUGGGGAGAAUCUGAACCGCUGGAAGUUCAAUCGUGCUGUUAAUAAGCUGAAUUCCAACAUCUUAUAUUUAUGCUUUUCACAGCAUGUGGACCUGGACUUGCUCCAUCCCUUACAUACGCUCAGGAACCUCAUGUACUUGGUUAGCCCACAAAGUGAAAACCUGGGAAGGUCUGGCCCCUUUGAGAUCAGUGCAGAUCUGGAAGACUCCAUGGAAUUUGUAGAUCCCAGUGGAGCAGGGGAAACGGAUGAGAGUGGAGACGAGCACAUCAGUGAUGAAGAGACUGAUUUAGGAACGGAUUGGGAAAAUCUGCCAAGCCCUAAAUUUUGUGACAUCCCAUCCCAAGCCGUGGAGUUGAUGGAAAGCCAGAGUACGAUGUUGUCACAGCCCAUUGCCAGUAGCAGUGCCGGGGGCAUGAUCUCUUCUGCUGCUGCUUCUGUCACCUCUUGGUUUAAAGCAUAUACUGGACACCGCUGAUACUACACUGGAGAGGACUCUAACACAUGGAAAUACUUCUGAAUAGCAGGCAGGAGAUCAGUCUCAUGUGCAAAUAACAGACACUGUUUCUACUCAAACACUUUGUAUGUCAGUUAAUGUUUUGUUUAUUUGCCACUUGUAGCAGGGAGGGAUAUUGAAAGCUGGAGGGAAACUCACUUCCUAGUCUCUAAGAAUAAAAUAACAUAUUUGUGUUUUAGUCAACACAGCAGCCAUGCUUUAAAGGGUCAGUAACAUCCAAAAAUGCAAAGCAUUCAUAGGCAUUUAUGUAUCCACAGACACUUGUCCAGCUAUCGCUUUUGUGACUGGUUGGAAUUUUCUGAUUUAUCAAAGCAAAUUCCCUGGCACUGCUAGGUACACAUCUUUGGAAUCAUUUCAUGGACAGUAAAAUGAUGGCAAUGUAUAGGGAGCCUUUCUUUAUGUGUUUAAUGUUACUGGCACUUUAACAUCCAUCCCAUAGCACGUUGGAAAUAAUGCAUUUAGCUUCAUUAUUUUUUUAAGGAACAAAACACGAUUUCCGUUUUAAUGAACAUUUUAAGAUUAUUGGCAAUUCCUUUAAUUCACAUUUAGGGGCAGAUUUAUUAAGGGUCGAAUAGUAAAUUCGAUUUUUUUUUUUGGUGUCAAAAUUCACCCAAUUUGAAUGUGAGAUGUAUCGCACCUUGAUCAUGUAAAAAAUUCUAAUGUGAAUAUUCGCCACCUAAAACCUGUCUAGUUCAUUUACAAGCCAAUGCCAGAGGUCCGUUGAACCAUUUAAAUAUGUUAAUUGCCUUCCUGACAUUCAUGUUUUUUUCAGAGGGAAAA